UUCUUGUCGGCGAAAAAUUUGAACGAUGAAUACCUACUCAAUCGUCCAACUGCGACCGUCAAAAAACCCAAAAAAUGAUGAGAAAUUUUUAAUAAAGUUUCCGUUGAAAUUUCAAGUAUGCUACAAAAUUCUCCAUAUAAUUCUACAUGUUUGGAUGCAUAUUUCAGAAUUUUAGAAGAAAUAUUUGAGACAAAAACUUUUGAAGUAAAACAUGUGAAAACACCGAAAAAAGAUCGUUUUCUGAUAGACCUAUGCCACUGUUCCUUUAUAAUUCGAAACAGUCAAAAUGUUUUCAAGGUACAAUGUAACAGUUAUACCACUCAGUUUAGAAUUAAAUCUUAUAUCCGACGGCACGAGAAUAAAAUCUUUCAUACAGUAAGUCUGGCUUUUAAAAAGAUGGUUUUCCAAAGUGCACCCAAAAAUAUCGGCAAGUGUCGGUUUCAAGCGUUUUCUUCUGAGAGAUAGUACUAUGGGCCUGGAAAACGUGGUGGAAGUGCAGAACACAACAUUAUCUAUCCAUUGAUGCUAAAUACAUUACUUUUAGCGUCAGAUUUGAUGAGUAAAGGCUGACACAAAUCGAUAGAUAUCUGCAGAAAAAUGGGAAAUCGCAGUUGGACGAUUGAGUAGGUAUUCAUCGUUCAAAUUUUUCGCCGACAAGAAAAAUUUAUUUGAAAAGCAGAAUAGGCCAAUUUUUAGAGCAAUGAAUUCUCUAUCAAAUGAAGUCCAAACUGGAUUUUAAAAUCAUUUCUAAGUACCUCAAAGACGACAAACAAAAGUGCGCCAUUUAAUCUGGCCCACCAGUUACUAUAUCAAUGUGAAAUGAGUUCUUAUCUGUGCCUUUAUGCAUACGUUUGAUUGAUAGUUUAUGUUUGUGGUCCAAACUGCUUAACGCGACAACUUUUCGGUUAACCUAUACGAUUACAGUAAAGUGCCACAGAUUCGGUCGAUUGCAUAACUGUCUAAAAUUUUUAUUGUUGCGUGAUAAUAGUGCUUUGUAAAAUCUUUAUGAUAUACGGAAUGGUGCAUAUAACUUCAAUAAGAUUUGAGAAUUUUGAAAGGAUUCGUUUAUAAAAAUUGAAGAGUAAUCUUUCAUAUGACACUCAUGUUAAUUGUCGACAAAGAACUAAUAUCAUUAGUAAGCUGGAAUGUGUUUUUCUAGGAUGCUGUAAUAAUAGUAGCAUGAGGACUGCACGAUACAUUCACACAUUAUCUACAUUGAUAAAUAAAAAAGUCUGAGCUACUGUUGAUGGAUAGAUGUGGAUCUCAGUCUUUAUGGCUGAGAUCAAUGCCCACACUUCACAUCUAUAUCGACAUCCAUCUCUAAACUGAUUCUUUCUUGACUUUUAGCUGCUACUGCAAUCACUGGUUCCAUUGCUGCAACUAUUGAUGCAGUUGCUGCAACGUGUCCAAUAGGUCAAGCAUCGGCUAUCACGACCAAAUACAAUCAACGGAUUAAUUAUAACACACAAUUCUCCAACUGUCCUUCCUGCGCCAAUGUCACUGUUGAGGAUAACAGUGAAAUAUAUGAUGUUUGUUCAACUCAAGAACUCAAUAUUGCAGCAAAUGGCAAUGGAAAAAUUUCAAUGAAAUUAUCAUCUGCUUGUCCAAAACUGAUUAAUAUCAUUGCUACGAAAAAUGCAGAAGUAUGCAAUAUUUGUGUGUCAGAUCAGUUAACAGUACUUUCAGCAACAGGAAAUAGUAAUAUCUCAAUGACCUGUAACCAAAUAUCAUCUUGUCCAAAAAUCGUGAAUAUUCUUGAUGGAAGUGAUAUUUCAGUUUUUUAUGUAUGCGCAACACAAGCAAUCAAUGCGAAACUCCGUGAUAUUGCAACAUUGUACUAUAAAGGACCAUUAAAUCAUAUUGAAGUAACCGAUGGGGCAUCAAUAAAACAGUGGAGUUAG